AUGUCGUUCAGGUGUGGAAUUCCAAUAAUCCGGCAAGAAUGCGCGGCGGUGGCGGCCGAGGGUCAUCUGUGUAGAGCAAGGUUGGUUUGUGUGCGGUGCGUCCGCACGCCGUGUUUAUGUCGAUUGCGGGCGUUGUUAUUAUUAUUGUUAUUAUCGAUCGGCAUACGUUGCUUUCAGACGAUCAGAUCUUUCGACGAUAUUUUCAAUCCGACGCCUUCUCACCUUCCGAAUCGACCAGAAAAGGCGAAUACCCUAAACACCUGUAAAAAUAUUUUACUAAUGCGUGAUUCUGAUCUCGACAGAGCCGACAGACACAUGCGCGUUACGACGGCAGUUUCUGAUCGUGUACUGUUCACCCCAAUCACCGCGAGCAGAGAAACAACAACCAAAACGUCAAUCGUCGUGCAGCAACACGUCAUAUUAUUAUGUUGUCCAUAUCGUUCAGAUUUGAUCAGAUCUCCAAUAAUGACAUCAAUUACAAGCCCCGAGAAUUGA